AUGUCAACCACGACAACCGAGAUCAAGGACAACGAGCAAAUCCUCGCUCCAGCCAAAGAGUCCGCCUCGUCGCAGACCCUCGCCCAGAUCCGCUCGUUCGUCGCUGGCGGCGCUGGCGGCAUCUGCGCCGUCGUGGUCGGCCAUCCAUUCGACCUGGUCAAAGUGCGCAUGCAAACCGCCGAGAAGGGAGUGUACACGGGCGCCAUUGAUGUGGUCAAGAAGACGAUUGCGCGCGAAGGGCUGGCGAGGGGUCUGUAUGCCGGCGUGUCAGCACCGCUUGUAGGCGUUACGCCGAUGUUCGCUGUCAGUUUCUGGGGCUACGAUCUCGGCAAAAGCCUUGUCUCGUCCUUCUCGACCGUGCCGGUGCACAACAACACGCCGCAAUACAGCAUCGCGCAAAUCUCCGCCGCCGGCGCCUUCUCGGCCGUGCCCAUGACCCUGAUCACCGCACCAUUCGAGCGCGUCAAAGUGCUCCUCCAAAUCCAAGGCCAAAACCCACCUCCACCGGGCCAAAAGCCCAAGUACUCCGGCGGCGUCGACGUUGUGCGGCAGCUGUACAAAGAAGGCGGCAUCCGAAGCGUAUUCCGGGGCUCAGCAAUGACGCUGGCUCGCGACGCCCCCGGCUCAGCUGCGUACUUCGCGACAUACGAAUACAUCAAACGCUCGCUCACACCCAAGGAUGAGAACGGCAAUGCGACGGGCGAUCUCCCGCUAACUGCGAUUUUGACUGCUGGUGGUGCGGCCGGCGUGGCCAUGUGGAUUCCUGUUUUCCCCAUCGAUACAAUUAAGUCGAGAAUGCAGUCGGCGGCAGGCAACCCGACUAUUGGCGGUACGAUUAGAGCCAUUCAUGCAAGUGGGGGAUUAAAGUCAUUUUUCCCUGGAUUCGGCCCGGCUCUGGCGAGAGCGGUGCCUGCUAAUGCUGCUACCUUCCUCGGAGUCGAAUUGGCGCACAAAGCGAUGAACAAGUUCUUUGGCUGA